CGCCACGCCCCCUCGCCCGGAGGAUCCUGGGCCCGCCUCCAGGCCCCUUGCCGCGUUGAGACGCAAGCCGCCGGGUAAAGGCCGCCACGCCUUGUGUGUGGUGGGAUCACGGUCAUUUGGUGCGGGAACGCGAGGCGGGGAUGAGUGACCCGUGGAGGCAGUAAAGGCCAGGGAGACGCGAUUCCCCAGGAUCCAGGCUGCAGCCAGAGUUGGUGCUCUGGCAACAGGUUGUAUAAGAAAUGAAGCCAACAGGUACAGACCCAAGGAUUUUAUCUCUAGCUGCUGAAGUUGCAAAAAGUCCUGAGCAGAAUGUUCCUGUUAUAUUGUUGAAGUUAAAAGAAAUAAUAAAUGACACACCUUUAGGAAGCUCAGAAUUGAAGAAAAUCAAACAAGAUAUAUAUUGUUAUGACCUCAUUCAGUAUUGCCUUUUGGUCCUUAGUCAAGAUUGCUCUCGAAUCCAGGGUGGUUGGACUACAAUUUCCCAGCUUACACAGAUAUUAAGCCAUUGCUGUGUGGGCUUAGAACCUGGAGAAGAUGCAGAGGAAUUUUAUAAGGAAUUACUUCCAUCAGCUACAGAAAAUUUUCUAAUUUUGGGAAGACGAUUGCAAACAUGUUUUAUCAAUGCAGCUAAGGGUGAAGAAAAGGAUGAAUUACUACACAUUUUCCAAAUUCUGACUGAUUCUCUCUUCUGGCUAUUGGGAGGCCAUGUUCAACUCAUACAGAACGUACUACAAAGUGAUCAUUUCUUACACUUACUGCAAACUGACAAUGUUCAAAUAGGAGCUACACUUAUGACUCUGCUACAGAAUAUACUACUGAUCAACAGUGGUGAUUUACUCAGAAUAGAAGGAAAAAUCUUGCAUUCAAUUUUAGAUGAAGUUGUCUUCAAGCUGUUAUCAACUCCUAGUCCAAUCAUAAGAAGUACUGCUACAAAACUCCUGCUGUUAAUGGUUGAAUCCCAUCAGGAAAUUUUGAUUUUACUGAGACUAAGUGCCUGCUACAAAGGACUCAGAAAUCUGCUAAACAAACAGGAAACUGGGACAGAAUUUAGUCAACAACUUAGUCAGCUCGUUGACCUUUUAAGCCCUAAGACCUAUAAAGAAGUGGAAGAACAGAAACUACAUCAAGCAGCUUGCUUGAUUCAAGCUUAUUGGAAAGGUUACCAAACUAGAAAGAGACUGAAGAAGCUUCCAUCUGCUGUGAUUGCUUUGCAGAGGAGUUUCAGAUCUAAAAGAACAAAGAAAUUGCUGAAACUAAAUAGGGAGAAAGAAGAAGAGGCUAUCAGAUUACGACUGCAGCUUCAAAGACAGAGAGCCAUGAGACUUUCCCGAGAAUUAUGGCUGAGUAUGCUUGAAAUAGUUCAUCCAGGUGAGGUGGAGAAAUACAAUCGGGAAAUGGAAGAGAAAGCAGCAUUGAUUAUCCAGAAACACUGGAGAGGGUACAGGGAAAGGAAAAAUUUUCGCCAACAGAGGCCAUUUCUCACAGAGUAUAAAGCAGCCAUCACACUUCAAAGAGCAGCUCUUAAAUUCCUCGCAAAGUGCCGUAAGAAAAAGAAGUUAGUUUCUCCUUGGCAAGGACUCCAAGAACUCACCGAUGCACGCAGAGUUGAGCUGAAGCAACGAGUGGAUGACUAUGUCAGAAGACAUCCAGUCUCUCAAAUGUCAGAUGUGGCCAGCAGGGAGCUCCAUGCUGAAGCUCAAGAACAACUACAGCACUACUUUAUGGGCAGGGCCCUAGAAGAGAAAGGCCAACAGCACAGAGAGGCUCUGAUGGCUCAGAUCAGCACCAAUAUUGAACAGUUGAUGAAGGCGCCAACUCUGAAUGAAGCAGAAGGGAAAGAACCCGAGCUCUUCUCAAGCAGAUCCCGACCUGUGGCAGCCAAGGCCAAGCAGGCCCAUCUCGCCACCCUAAAGCACAUACAAGCACCCUGGUGGAAGAAACUUGGAGAGGAACCAGGAGAUGAAAUUGAUAUUCAAAAGGAUGAGAUUAGUGUCGAGUUAGGAACUUUGUUCAUUGGUGGGACCAAACCCCCUUAGGAGUUACCUUGAAAACUGACCCAUAUCUUUUGUUUCAAUUACAUUGGUUCUCUGGUGUGUUCAUAGACCAGGGUUCCUCUCCAAACAAGACUUACACGCAGUAAGCAAAGAGUUAUUUUCUACCUCUCUCUUUCAGUUCUCUUUUUCUUUUCUCUACACCCUUGUCCCUGGCCAUACACACAGAUUUGUGUGGCUUUUGUUGUGGAAAAAAAAACUCAGCAUGGCAUUCUGUUGUUUACAAUAUUGUGAGAUUUUUUUUUUCCCAUUUUUUGAAGUUUUCCAACUAAAGUUUUUUCUAAGUAAAUAUUGUCAAUAGUUGUUCCAAAACACUUGUCAGGAUUAUUUCAACUUUUUACAUUUGUUAUUUAGAGUUCUUUCCUUUUAUUAAUAAAAGAGGGUGUGUUCUUGGCCUUUAUUAAAGUGAGGGAAAAAAGUGA